AUGGCGACCCGCGAAUUACUUUCUGGUCCUAUCACCCUCUCUGGAGCAAAAGAGAAGGGGUCCAACGUUAUCCACCAGCUUGAAUACCCGGGUCUCCAACGAGCUUUCUUUCAGCGCCUCCAAAGCCAAUGUCAACUUAUUCGCGCCAUUGUUGCCCACCACUUGGGCGUUGACCCGGCGCAUUGCGAUGUUUCACCUCCAGAGUAUUGGCGCCGUGGAUCUUUCAAUGUCUGCGUGCCGGCUCGCGUCGAAGCCCCCGACCCAGGGCAGCCCACUUUUGUCAUGGUUCGAUUUCCUCUGCCUUACCGUGUCGGAGAGACAACGCGUCCUGGGAACGCAGAUGAGAAGCUCAGAUGCGAAGCAGCGACCUAUGCAUGGCUUCAGGAACACUGUCCUUCGGUCCCUAUACCACAUUUAUACGGCGUAGGACUAGCCACAGGCCAGCAGCUGACCCACGUAAGCCGCCUACCGUGGUGGUCACGCUGGCUCCAUGGUAUUCAGCGGUACUUUCGAAUCUUGCUUGGCUAUCCAUAUCCAACUCACUACAUCCCGCAUAACUCGAGUUUCUCUACUUCACUCGGAUUAGGCUACUUGGUGAUUGAGACCAUCCCUGAUACCGAAGGAAGAAUGCUUUCGGCUUCAUGGGAAGAAAAAAGGAAGGACGACCGUCUGCAAUACAAUCUCCAGCGAGGCCUCGCGCGAAUACUUCUCUCGCUCGCAGCCGUUCCACUUCCCCGCAUUGGUGCGUUCCGACUCGAUGAUACCGGCUAUAUCCACCUCGACAACCGCCCGCUCACCACAGAGGUUAUCAUGCAAGAGAACGAAAACCUUCCCCUUGAAAUGCCACGUCACAAGACUUAUGCCUGCGUGGACGACCUCGUACACGCACACCUAGACGCCUUUCAUAACCGACUACUGCACCAGCCUAAUACCGUGGCAACCGAGAUCGACUGGCAGUUCGAGAUGGGUGGUCUUGUCGCAGCACGAGCCAUCUUUCCGAAGAUGCUACAGAAUGACCUCCGUUCUGGCCCCUUCGUCUGCAGUCUAACAGAUCUCCAUAGAAGCAACAUUAUAGUGGACGACGAUUGGAACAUCAUGCGUAUCAUCGAUCUUGAGUACGCCUGCUCGUGGCCUCUCGAAUUCCAACACCCCCCCUACUGGCUUGGAGGGCAGUGCGCCGAUGAGAUUGAUCAAACCUCGUUUAGCCCUCAUCAUGACCGAUUUAUUCAGAUCCUGGAGGAGCAGGAGGAGCUUCUUGCUUUAAGGACUCCUAGAAAGCUUUCGUCUGUAAUGCGACAUGCAUGGGCGAGUGGGGUAUUUUGGCUCGCUCUCGCAAUUCAAGAUCCAAUCGCCUUCUCCUCAAUCUUUUGGUACCGCAUCUUGCCUUAUCAAUUCCAACUCACGAUAGAUCACACGACCGAUUUCACGCUAUUAGCUGAUCUUUCAGGAUGGGCACACAUUCUUCAGAAAAAGUUGCAAGAUCAUGAUCAGUACUCCAAGAAGCUUGAUAAUUUGUUCGAGGAAUGCAACGAUGAGGCAUCGAAAUCAUAA